GACAUGACGUCCCUCCCUCCCUCCCUCCCUCUCUCGCUCUCUCUCUCGCUCUCUCUCUCGCCCUCUCUCCUCUCGCUCUCCCUUUCCCUCUCCCUCUCCCUCUCCCUCUCUCCGCCCUGAUGGCGCAGACGGCGUUGUCAAACCAACGGCGUCGCGAGGAAAACGGUGCCGCCGCCUGGCUCGAACAGGCGGGAGAGCUGGAGCUCGGUAGCAAUAGCGACGCCCAGACUUCACGGUUUAGACCCAUUCAAGAAAUGACUCCUUCCAGGCGAGUGACCUUGGAGGAGGUUGCGGGCCAUUGGAGAUCCCGUCGUAUUUUGUCAGGCUCCUUCGUAGCAGCAGACGGCGAGCUGCAGCAGGGGACGUCGUUGGUGGAGGAGCGCCUCCCCUCCUCCCCUCCUCCUCCUCCUGCUCCUCCUCCCCUCGCUCCCCUCCUCCCUCCCGUGCCUUCUACGGUCUCGACUCUAGGCGGUCGUUUGGUGCUCAUGUCUUUGUGGUCGGCAGCUGGUUUUUGGGUCGUGAGGACGAUCGUACCACCCGGGUCCUCCCAACCCUUCCCCGCCCAUUGGACGGCGCCGGAGGUGUGUCACCCUCUCCCUCGUCAUCAUGGCGGCCAAUCCUGUCGGUCUACCUGCGUAGUUGCUUUACGGGGACCGUGGUCGACACGGGUUGACAUUGGCGUGGGGUAAAUGUCCUCUUGCCUGCUCUCAAGCCCUGUUGCUCUUCUAGAACUGUCUACCUACCGGUGUGCCCCCAGAUCCUUCUCAUGCCAUGUAACUGAACUGAAAGUCUCGCAUCCCGCCAGCCUAACAACCACCCUUGACCACCUUUCCCAGCGCUUUGGUACUCGUCUUCUUUUCUUUUCCCUCCCUUGAGCUGUUCUGUUCUGUUCUCGCAUGCCUUCUCACUCGGGCACUGCGCUCCUUGGCGCACCAUGGGCGGUAUCCGACCCGCACCUCCGUAUCUCUCGCCACCUUCCGCCUUCUUUAUCACGCCGCUGGCUUGUCUUUCCAACCUUGGCGAUGUCAUUUAGAACCGCUCGCCAAGUCGUCGCGUUAUUUUGCACUGCGGGAGCCAAGUCGUCGCGUUAUUUUGCACUGCUGGAGAUACGAAACGCCGUCGUCCUCCUUUCCGCGUGCUCGUUUAUCUGCCUUUGUGGGUGUCUUCUGUAAGUUCCAUCUAUUCUCUCGCUGCGACCGUACUGUCAGCCUUGCUGUUCCUUGGCAGUUGUAACCGAGCAAGUGAAACCCGGUUGAUUUGCAGUGGUGCUCGAUUGGAGAAGGAAACAGAGCGAGCGUGUGAGCUAGUAGUGGCCGCUUAAGUACGUACAAGGGUGUGUUUGUGUUCGUGAGUGCUCGCGAGUGUGUGUGUGUGUGUGUGUGAGAGAGAGAGAGAGAGAGAGAGAGAGAGAGAGAGAGAGAACGAGUGAGAGUAAAGGGCAGAGGGAGAUUUUAUCUGUGUGAGCGUGUCUGUGUGUGUGUGUGUGUGUGUGUGUGUGUGUGAGAGGGAGAGAGAGAGGGGGAGAGAGAGAGAGAGAGAGAGAGAGAGAGAGAGAGAGAGAGAGAGAGAGAGAGAGAGAGAGAGAGAGAGAUGGCGCUCGACGUGGUUUCGAAUGGCAUGAUGAAGAGUUGUCGGUCUGCGUCGUCGACGGAGAAUGAUGUUCGGGCUGUGCGGGGAUAUUGUCGACAAUCUGUGGCGGCGGCUAUGGUGCCGUCCUCGAGCGGCGAUUCGGUGGGUACGUGCGGUAGGGUUGCCGCUGCGGCUGCCGCUGCUGCAGGGGGGGGGGCUGGCUCAGUGAUAGCAACGGAGGUGUGCCAGGUAGGGAAUGAAGUUUGUGAGUUGCCUUCAGAAUUGUUUGGGUUAUCUGAUCUGGGUUCCGUUCUUUCGUUGGAGACGUGGAACAGUUGCUUGACGGACGAGGAUCGAUGCAGUUUGUUGAGGUUCCUCCCUCCCGUUGGCCCUGAAGGCAUUCACGACACGCUUCACGACUUGCUUGGCGGCGCCGAUUUCCACUUUGGCAGUCCACUAGCAGAACUGUGGAAGCGCCUUCAAGGGGGCCACUGCAACCCGAGGGUCGUUCGCUACAACGAAGGAUUAGUCUAUCUCCAAAGGAAACAGCACUACCAUCACCUCAGAGAAUACCACAACAAGAUGGUGAACAAUCUUUUGGAGAUGCGGAAGCUUUGGGAGUUGUACCCGGAGGCGGAUCUCUCUGACAAGGUCAAUCGUUGGAAGGAGUACAAGACUCAGCAAUACGGCAAGGUUGUGCCGGCGCCAAUCAACGGAACACCUCUGUCUCCUCCGUUUGCGUCGAAAGUUCCUUCAGCGGGCAAGGUUCCCUCAUCGAACUCAAGGAGUCGGCAGGGCUCGCAUCAACAGCAGCAGCAGCGCGUUGGGGGGGAGGAGAAUCAUGUGAAGGGAGCGGUUGCCGCCCCACUGAAGACCCCGGUGCCUUCUUCUUCGUUGAAGGUGCGCUCGGGGUCUGCGGGCACGCCCCCUUUGCCACCGCAGUCACCGCGCGCUGCAGCGCUGUCUUCGUUUGGCGUUGCGUUCGCUUCUCUGGCGACGCAGCAGCGGAGUGUUCCUGCUGUUGCGCCGCGAACUGCUGAUUCUUCACCGAUCAUCACCAAGAUACCGAAAGUGAGCGCUUCAUCAAGAAAGAGGAACGAUCAGGAGCAAGAGGCGCAAGGCGCCGCGGGUGCGCCGACGGCCGCCCUCAAGCAACCCAACAAUCAUAAGCGGCCGAGAAUGUCCCCUAGCGCAGCAGGUAUGGCCUCCCGAGGAGCGACGCCACCGCCCGCGGUGUCAGGGUCACCGAAACUUCUCUCGAAUCAGCACCACUACCAGAAUGGCGGCACCGCCAGCAUGGGGAAGAAGUCACCUGUUCUCGCAAUGAAUGCUGCCACUCCUAUUCCGCCGCCUCCGGAGGCCAACUUGCAAGCUGCGGAGGCGGUGGAACCGGCGAGAGAAUUGGGGGACGGUGGUCCGCCUUUCUCCACGCGGCAUGUUCUGGGUGCCGUCCGUGCUGCGCUUCUUCAACCUUUGCUAAGCAACAAUGGCUCGGUGCCGGGAGAGAUUUAUUGGUGGUCUCUUCGCGACAUCGUGGAAAUGGUGAGAGUCAAUCCUGGCGAUCAGCGGCUUGCGAACGUAUCUGCGGAAGCCGUCGGGAAGAUCGUCAGGGCGGCCUUGUACAGCCUCGCGCAUCGACCCACGACCGCGUCGGCUGGUCUUAAGCAGUCCCAACCUCUCGUUCACCAUGACAAAGAGAACAAGCUGUGGGCGUGGACUGGUCCGACUCCUCCGUCCUUGGGAACGACGACGAUCACGAUGUCUGAUGGCUCUCCCGUCCUUGUCAUCCAGGCCGAUACGGAGGGAUGGGGAGUGAGCAGGAAAGUGAUUGCGAAGGUGGACAACUAUUUCAGGGAUUGGCUGGUAUCUUUGAAGUUGGACGAACUGUUCCCUCCACCGCUCCCGCCCCCAGUCGUCCCGGCGACGGUGAGCGACAAGGAGCGCUUCAGCUCGGUGCGCGCGCAGAAAAGCACAGUAACUAUCGACUCCUCGACGAUGGACAUGAGGCAGUACUUCAGGAUGGAGGAACGGCAUCGCUAUGCGGUGCCCGACAGGGCGUUUCAUUACACGGCCAGGGAUGGAGGAAAGGCGGUGGUCGCUCCGAUUCGGCGGGGAGGGGGGAAACCUACCUCCAAGGCGAGAGAUCAUUUCAUGUUGAAACCGGACAGGCCUCCGCAUGUGACUAUUCUCUGUCUCGUUCGCGACGCGGCUGCUCGUCUUCCGGACGGAAUAGGAACGCGAGCUGACGUCUGCGAGCUCUUGCGAGACUCGCAGUAUAUUGUGGAGGACGUGUCGGACUCUCAGAUUAACCAAGUUGUGAGUGGGGCGCUCGACAGGCUUCACUACGAGCGAGAUCCUUGUGUGAAGUACUGCGGAGACCGGAAGCUGUGGAUGUAUCUGCACAGAAAUAGGAUGGAGGAGGACUUCGAAGUGGAUGGCACGACGUCGACGAAGAGGUGGAGAAGGCCUAGGAAAGACGCGCGCGGGGUGAGAUUGGCGGAGAACGACGCGCAGACGCCAUCUCCGCGAGUGCGGAGCCCGUCCGCGGAUGAGGCCUCGGGGUCCCCCGCUUCCAACAUGCAACUGGCCCUCGUGCCGGCAGGCGGGGAGGGGAUGGUAGCAGCCGGGGGCUCGCCCCAGGAUGACAGGCUGCUGUUGUUGGGGAACGAAGAUGAUGGCUCGUUGGAACCAGACGGGAACGGCGGUGAAGCAACGGCAGCAGCUGGAGGUGCAGACGGGGGGGGCUAUUACAGCAACAGCGGUAGGCGGAGCGGGGCGGCUGCCGCUGCGGAACUUGGUUACCAGGAGGCUCCCAGAGCUCCUCUGCGGCUGAAGUCUGUCAAGGCGGAGAGUGGUCUUCAGUCAACGUCCUUGUCGCGGAGGGGAGGGGGAACGGUCCCUGGUGUCACUAAUCUGAACAGGUGUCCGCCGCGUUCAGGAUCUUCGUCGGAUGACGGCGAUCAUCGACGGGAUCACCACGACGGUGCUGGCACAAAUCAUCUGACCAUGGAGACGGUGCCGAUGUACAAGGGGCAUCGCAUGCAUGGCGGCGAGUCUAACAACUCGCAACGCUGGCAGCAUCAGUCCUCUGGCUACGGCGGAAACUGGGCAGCGUCUGGAGGGCCUGAUUCCGCAGUUUACCCUGACGAAGGAACGGAGGAGGAAGAAGAGGAUGCUCGACACCAUCAUGACCGCCGCCAUCUUCACGAAGAAGAUCACGAAGAGAUGCUUGAUCAAGAUACCGAGUGAAAUAGGAACGAGGGACUGCUUUUUAUGAAAUAGUCCGCUCGACGAGUCCCGAUAGGGUUUUUAGAUGUAGUUCGCGAAUGUGGAUAGUUAGGCCUCCGAAGCUUUUAGUGCGAAUACAGACCCACGGCCGCGACGAGAUAGGGGGACGAUAGACAGUCAGUAUGCGCUCGCUGUAUAUUCCGCUCCGCGUGGGUUAAGAGGGCAAGGUCUUGGUAGAAGGAUAUCGACUCUCGCGCAGUAGGUAAGGGUCUCCGUAGGUGCGCUGUGGCUCGUAAGAGUUACGUACUGUUUGUGUAGCUUCUUCAGUUGAUUGGUGGUGUCUUCCACCGACCACGAGGGAUCUUUUCUCGGUCGGGUAGGGCAAAGUGAUUUCCUUACUCCCCAGCCCUCUCCAAUCUCCAUCUCUGACUUCUCUGCUCGAAAUUUGAUUGGCUUGUGUUGUCGUUCGCAGUCAUCGUAGGUAGAAACUCUUGCAAGGCUCCGUUGUUUGCUCGAUGUAUGCGGCAGCAAAUUUCAUUGCUCGUCAGCGCGUGCUUCCCGCGGCGCAAAUAUUCUUCUUCUUCGACGUUCUUUUUUCCCCAAAGAGCUCGUCCGUCCUUUGUUUCAUUUUUCCUGUGACGUUCUUUUUUCCCGAAAGAGCUCGUCCUUUGUUUCAUUUUUCCUGUAAAACGAACUGUGUGUGUUCCUUUUGGAGACGAGCGAGUUUGGGCUCGCGCGUUUGGUGUAUCGUAAACGAGGUCUCAUCUCUGUUGUGAGAUGCAUUGCAGAGAAUAUUCUUUAUUUCAGUUUCAGAGAGAUAAUUUUCAGUGAUUGGAGUGUGUGUGUGCCUCUCUCUUCUUUUGCUUCGCAUCACCAGGACUUUUCCGUCCCUUCUAUUUCUUUUGUCCUGUGUGCUGCUGUCCUUAUCUUCUUGUCUUCCCCUCUUGGGUGCUUUUACAGCCUUCCCGUGUGCCUCUUCUCUUGCUUCGCAGCACCCCAACUUUUCCCUCCCACUCAUUUCUUUUGUCAUCUGUGCUGCUAUCUUCUCGUCUUCACCUCUUGCGUGUUUCUACAACCUUUCCUCUUCGGGCAUGCCCUUUCUCUGGUCCUUUCUCCUCUCUUCCCAUUCCUGGAAAUACGCUCUCCGUACUCACUCUGGAUGUUUGACACAGAAUUUAUCGUUCUCGUCAAAGAUUUUCUCAUUUCUCUGUUGGAGGCUAUGGUGACAGAAAUGAAAUGAAUAAUGCUUC